UGCUUUAAGAGCCGCCUCCCCCUCUCCUCCCUUUGACAAUGGUCUGAACCGAGCUCUGCUUCCCAAAGCAAAAUUUGUAAUAUGCCAUUUUUCCGAUGGACGCUUCUCCUUUUGGCUGCUGACGGAGCCGCGGGAAGAUGCCGAGCUGCUGCCACGCCACCCAGCCGGGGCACGUUCCAGAGGACGCCGGGGCACCCGACUGUCUAAGCUGCCUUUCUCCUCGCGUUGCUAGGGAAAUGGUCCACGAGUGCCUGGUGUGAGCCUCCCCGCUCGUCAAGCCGGAGACUGCGGUUGUCAGUGAUCAAUUGAAGAAGCAGGACCCGAAAUUACAGACAUUAGCAAUGAUGUGUGAAGUGAUGCCCACAAUUAAUGAGGACACCCCAAUGAGCCAAAGGGGGUCCCAAAGCAGUGGCUCGGACUCAGACUCCCAUUUUGAGCAGCUGAUGGUGAAUAUGCUAGAUGAAAGGGAUCGUCUUCUAGACACCCUUCGGGAAACCCAAGAAAGCCUCUCACUUGCCCAGCAAAGACUGCAGGAUGUCAUCUAUGACAGAGAUUCGCUCCAGAGACAGCUCAAUUCAGCCCUGCCACAGGAUAUCGAAUCCCUAACAGGAGGGCUGACUGGUUCUAAGGGGGCUGAUCCACCGGAAUUUGCUGCACUGACAAAAGAAUUAAAUGCCUGCAGAGAACAACUUCUAGAAAAGGAAGAAGAAAUUUCUGAACUCAAAGCUGAAAGAAACAAUACAAGACUGUUACUGGAGCAUUUGGAGUGCCUUGUGUCACGACAUGAAAGGUCACUAAGAAUGACGGUGGUGAAGCGACAAGCCCAGUCCCCCUCGGGAGUGUCCAGCGAAGUUGAGGUUCUCAAGGCGCUGAAAUCUUUAUUUGAGCACCACAAGGCCUUGGAUGAAAAGGUAAGGGAGCGACUGAGGGUUUCUUUAGAAAGAGUCUCUGCACUGGAAGAAGAACUAGCUGCUGCUAAUCAGGAGAUUGUUGCCUUGCGUGAACAAAAUGUUCAUAUACAAAGAAAAAUGGCAUCAAGUGAGGGAUCCACAGAGUCAGAACAUCUUGAAGGGAUGGAACCUGGCCAGAAAGUCCAUGAAAAGCGUUUGUCCAAUGGUUCUAUAGAUUCAACUGAUGAAACAAGUCAAAUAGUUGAACUACAAGAAUUGCUUGAAAAACAAAACUACGAAAUGGCCCAAAUGAAAGAACGUUUAGCAGCCCUUUCUUCCCGAGUGGGAGAGGUGGAACAGGAAGCAGAGACAGCAAGAAAGGAUCUCAUUAAAACAGAAGAAAUGAACACUAAGUAUCAAAGGGACAUUAGGGAGGCCAUGGCACAGAAAGAAGAUAUGGAAGAAAGAAUCACGACCCUUGAGAAGCGUUACCUCAGUGCUCAGAGAGAAUCUACCUCCAUACAUGACAUGAAUGACAAACUAGAAAAUGAGUUAGCAAAUAAAGAGGCCAUCCUACGGCAGAUGGAAGAGAAGAACAGACAGUUACAAGAGCGUCUUGAGCUAGCUGAGCAAAAGUUGCAGCAAACUAUGAGAAAAGCUGAGACCUUACCUGAAGUAGAGGCUGAACUGGCUCAGAGAAUUGCAGCCCUGACAAAGGCUGAAGAAAGACAUGGAAACAUUGAAGAACGUAUGAGGCAUCUAGAAGGUCAACUUGAAGAGAAAAAUCAAGAACUUCAAAGAGCUAGGCAAAGAGAGAAAAUGAAUGAGGAGCACAACAAAAGAUUAUCCGAUACUGUGGAUAGACUUCUGACUGAAUCCAAUGAACGCUUACAGCUACACUUAAAGGAACGAAUGGCUGCUCUAGAAGAGAAGAAUGUUUUAAUUCAAGAAUCAGAAACUUUCAGAAAGAAUCUGGAAGAAUCUUUACAUGAUAAGGAGAGAUUAGCAGAAGAAAUUGAAAAGCUGAGAUCUGAACUUGACCAGUUGAAAAUGAGAACUGGCUCUUUAAUUGAACCCACAAUAUCAAGAACUCAUCUAGACACCUCAGCUGAGCUGCGGUAUUCUGUUGGAUCCCUAGUGGACAGCCAGUCUGAUUACAGAACAACUAAAGUAAUAAGAAGACCAAGGAGAGGCCGCAUGGGUGUGAGGAGAGAUGAGCCAAAGGUGAAAUCUCUUGGGGAUCAUGAAUGGAAUAGAACUCAACAAAUUGGAGUGCUAAGCAGCCACCCUUUUGAAAGUGACACAGAAAUGUCUGACAUUGAUGAUGAUGAUAGAGAAACGAUUUUUAGCUCAAUGGAUCUUCUCUCUCCAAGUGGUCAUUCUGAUGCCCAGACCCUAGCCAUGAUGCUUCAGGAACAAUUGGAUGCUAUCAACAAAGAAAUCAGACUAAUUCAGGAAGAAAAAGAAUCUACAGAGUUACGUGCUGAAGAAAUUGAGAAUAGAGUGGCUAGCGUGAGUCUGGAAGGUCUGAAUUUAGCAAGGGUCCACCCAGGUACCUCCAUCACUGCCUCGGUUACAGCUUCUUCACUGGCCAGUUCAUCUCCCCCCAGUGGACACUCAACACCAAAGCUCACCCCUCGAAGUCCUGCCAGGGAAAUGGAUCGGAUGGGAGUCAUGACACUGCCAAGUGAUCUAAGGAAACAUCGGCGAAAGAUUGCAGUGGUAGAAGAAGAUGGUCGGGAGGAUAAAGCAACAAUUAAAUGUGAAACUUCUCCUCCCCCUACCCCUAGAGCCAUCAGGAUGACUCACACCCUCCCUUCUUCCUACCACAAUGAUGCCCGAAGUAGUUUAACUGCCUCCCUCGAGGCUGAAAGCCUUGGGCUUGGCAGUGCCAACAGCAGCCAAGACUCUCUUCACAAAGCCCCCAAGAAGAAAGGAAUCAAGUCUUCAAUAGGUCGUUUGUUUGGUAAAAAAGAAAAAGCUCGACUUGGGCAGCUCCGAGGCUUUAUGGAGACUGAAGCUGCAGCUCAGGAGUCCCUGGGGUUAGGCAAACUUGGAACUCAAGCUGAGAAGGAUAGAAGACUGAAGAAAAAGCAUGAACUUCUAGAAGAAGCUCGGAGAAAGGGAUUACCUUUUGCCCAGUGGGAUGGGCCAACUGUAGUCGCGUGGUUAGAGCUCUGGUUGGGAAUGCCUGCUUGGUAUGUGGCAGCCUGCCGAGCCAAUGUGAAGAGCGGUGCCAUUAUGUCUGCCUUAUCAGACACUGAGAUCCAGAGAGAAAUUGGAAUCAGCAAUCCUCUGCAUCGCUUAAAGCUCCGAUUAGCAAUCCAGGAGAUGGUUUCCCUAACCAGUCCUUCAGCUCCUCCAACGUCCAGAACUCCUUCAGGCAACGUAUGGGUGACCCAUGAAGAAAUGGAAAAUCUUGCAGCUCCAGCAAAAACGAAAGAAUCUGAGGAAGGAAGCUGGGCCCAGACCCUGGCAUAUGGAGAUAUGAACCACGAGUGGAUUGGAAACGAAUGGCUUCCCAGCCUGGGGUUACCUCAGUACAGAAGUUAUUUUAUGGAAUGCUUGGUAGAUGCAAGAAUGUUAGAUCACCUAACAAAAAAAGAUCUCCGUGUCCAUUUAAAAAUGGUGGAUAGUUUCCAUCGAACAAGUUUACAGUAUGGAAUUAUGUGCUUAAAAAGGUUGAAUUAUGACCGAAAAGAACUAGAAAGAAGACGAGAAGCAAGCCAACAUGAAAUAAAAGAUGUGUUGGUGUGGAGCAAUGAUCGAGUUAUUCGCUGGAUACAAGCAAUUGGACUUCGAGAAUAUGCAAAUAAUAUUCUUGAAAGUGGUGUGCAUGGCUCACUUAUAGCCCUGGAUGAGAACUUUGACUACAGCAGCUUAGCUUUAUUACUACAGAUUCCAACACAGAACACCCAGGCAAGGCAGAUUCUCGAAAGGGAAUACAAUAACCUCCUGGCUCUGGGAACUGAACGGCGACUGGAUGAAAGUGAUGACAAGAAUUUCAGGCGUGGGUCGACCUGGAGAAGGCAGUUUCCUCCCCGUGAAGUACACGGAAUCAGCAUGAUGCCUGGGUCCUCAGAAACAUUACCGGCUGGAUUUAGGUUAACCACAACAUCGGGGCAGUCAAGGAAAAUGACAACGGAUGUUCCUUCAUCAAGACUGCAGAGGUUAGACAACUCCACUGUUCGCACAUACUCAUGUUGACAAGCCACUCAAAGGAGGCAGCACUGACUUGCUAUGUCGUCUUUUCAGUCUACUCUACCUAAAGUGCACUACCAUCUAAGAAGAUGAUAAGCAGUGAAAACCUUUGUGAAGACUGAAUUCUAAGGAAAUAAUCACAACUAAUGGUUUAUUAAGCUGAAAAUGUGAUUUUGGGGGGAGUCAGAUAUUAAGUUUGAUUAGUUUACUAAAAUUGUAAGAAAAUGCUUAAGUCAUUUGAAUAAUUAAUAAGCAUCAUCCACAUCAUAAAUUCUGUACAACAGAUGCUUUUAUGAAAUGG